AUGGCGCCAAUGAUGGAAGAUGGUAUCACCUCCCACACUUCUAUCGCGGCCAAAUCCAAUGAUAACCCCCCUAAUCUCUACAACAACGUGAAGCAAGAAGAACUACAGGCGGCGGCGACUGCCUGUCUGGCUAACUAUGGCACCAAAUUUGAGCCUGAUAUUAUGACUGGUAGCAAGGGACUGUAUGUCUACACUGCCCAUGGCCACAAGGUUCUUGACUGGACCUCGGGCCAAAUGUCCUGUCUCAUCGGUCACGGCCACCCCGAGAUCGUGAAGGCAAUCCAAGACCAUGCUGCCAACCUGGACCAUCUGUUUUCAGGCAUGCUAUCACCCCCCGUCAUCAGCCUCGCCCAACGCUUGACGUCUGCCCUUCCCCAGGGUCUUGACAAAGCAUUCUUCCUCUCCACGGGGGGAGAGUCGAAUGAGGCCGCCAUCAAGAUGGCCAAGGUUUACACCGGCAAAUUCGAAAUCGUCGGACUGGGUGCAAGCUGGCAUGGUGUUACGGCUCAAGCAUUGGGGACGCAGUACCACUAUGGUCGCAAAGGCCAAGGACCCUUGAUGCCCGGCAUGCACAUGCUACCACCGCCAAACGCGUAUCGCUCCAUAUUCCGCAAACCUGACGGCUCAUAUGACUGGGAGACGGAACUCAACUACGGGUGGGACCUGAUCGACCGAGCUUCCUGUGGAUCUCUGGCCGCCUGUAUUGUGGAGUGCGUCCAGUCCUCGGCGGGCAUGCACGUCCUUCCACCAGGCUACCUAAAGGCCCUGAAGAAACACUGCGAAAAGCGCGGCAUGCUCCUCAUUGUCGACGAGGCCCAGACCGGUGUGGGACGUUGUGGGGAUCUCUUCGCCAUCAACCACGAGGACGUUGUCCCGGAUAUCCUGACCCUGAGCAAGACGCUCGGCAACGGUCUCCCGCUCAGCGCCGUGGUCAUGAGCAACGAAAUCGAGCGAGUCUGCGCAGAGCGCGACUAUUGCUUCUACACCACGCACGUCAACGACCCUUUGCCCGCCGCGGUGGGCGACAAAGUUCUCGAAAUCGUCCAGCGCGACAACCUGGUCGGGCAUUCCCGCGUCAUGGGUCUGCAUCUUCACGCCGGCCUGCAGAAACUCAAGAACCGGUAUGGCUGCAUUGGCGACGUGCGCGGUCGAGGAUUGAUGGCUGGCGUUGAAAUCGUGAGUGAUCGCAACACCAAAGCGCCAGCUCUCGAACUAGCUCGCAACAUCGCGACGAAAAUGUACGAGUUAGGUCUGUGGGCGAAUCUUAGCAGUCACUCUAGCUUCGGCGGGGUUUUCAGGAUUGCCCCCCCCAUCGUUGUCACCAAGGAGCAGCUUGAUCAGGGGUUGGAGAUUAUGGACCGCGCGCUCCAGAACACGGAGGGCACGAUGCCGCUCUCUUGA